GACACCCAGGAAAAAAUAUGUAAGCUGGUUUCAUUUAUUUGUGCCCUAAGCAGCAGUGUCAUAUAACAGACAGGUUGCUGCAGCCAACCAGACUUGAGCAGCUGCGAAUGCUACAUCUUGGCACUCUGAAACGAUUGGCUCCUCUCUGGGGAGUGGAGGGUGUUCAGUUAUUAAUGACCGCUGAGCAGGCAGCACCAUGUCAGUGUGACAACUGAUCGGGUGAACGAUGCACCACUAACCACCAUGGAAACAAGGGGAAGUAAAAGGAGCUAGCAGCAUCUCUCUUUCCUGGAUCGCAAGCAUCCGCCAGUCUGACAGAGAGGCAAAGAGAGCGGCUGGCAAAAGCCUGGGAUCUCAAGUGCAGGCUGCUGCUUUCCCUCAUGUUGUAGGAUAUACAGAUAGGACUAUAUAUACAUGUCUAUGCAUGCAGUGUCUAUUUGUUUAUGCUCUGUCUGCACAUAUACAUAUGCACCUUUUCACACCCAGGGAAGACUGCAAUUCUGUGAUUCUCACACCUAAGGAACUAAGGAAUCCACAGUCCAGAGACGCAAGAAGUCAUCUACUACCCGGAAACUGCAUUUGCAGGGUCAUGCAGCCAUUGUUGCAGACACUAAUCAACCAUGGGAUAUGAAAUUAUUACUCCUAAAUAAAUGAAUUGCUUAAUCUCCAAUGACCAAUUAUACAUAUUCCAUCUUCACAAAGUAUAUCAAUUUUAUCUCAUCAAGGCAAUAGUGACCUUCUGUUCUCCAAUAUGUAUGGGAUGUUUGGACAAUGCAUUUGCAGCUUUGACACUCUUUUCCAGGAAGACAAACGUUAUAUUUCUUUGGUAUUUAUCAUUUGACAAAUGCAAGAAUUUUCUUUAUCAAUCAGAUCUUAUUGAACUUAACAGCAGCUGCUGUGGAAUGUUUAAAGGUCCAUUGUAUUUCUGAAGACUGAGAGCUAAGAUGAAGGACAUGCCACUCAAAAUUCAGGUGCUACUUGGCCUAGCUCUCACUGCAUUGGUACAAGCUAUAGAUAAAAAAGUGGAUUGUCCACCAUCAUGUACAUGUGAAAUAAGACCUUGGUUUACACCAAGAUCCAUUUAUAUGGAAGCCCUUACAGUGGAUUGUAAUGAUUUAGGUCUUUUUAAUUUCCCGGACAGAUUGCCUGCUGACACACAGAUCCUACUGCUGCAGACCAACAAUAUUGCAAAAAUUGAAAACUCGGUAGACUUUCCAGUGAACCUUACUGGCCUGGACUUAUCACAAAACAACUUAUCCUCAGUCACCAAUAUUAAUGUAAGAAAGAUGCCUCAGCUUCUUUCCAUCUACCUGGAGGAAAAUAAACUUACUGAGCUGCCAGAAAAAUGUCUGUCCAGGCUAAACAAUUUACAAGAACUCUAUAUUAAUCAUAACUUCCUUUCUACCAUUUCACCAGGAGCCUUCGUUGGUCUACAUAAUCUUCUCCGACUUCAUCUCAACUCAAAUAGAUUGCAGAUGAUCAACAGUAAGUGGUUUGAAGCUAUUCCAAAUCUAGAGAUUCUCAUGAUUGGAGAAAAUCCAAUCAUCAGAAUCAAAGAUAUGAACUUUAAGCCACUUGUCAAUCUGCGCAGUCUGGUUAUAGCUAGCAUAAACCUCACUGAAAUACCAGAUAAUGCAUUGGUUGGCCUGGACAAUUUAGAAAGCAUCUCAUUUUAUGAUAACAGAUUUGUUAAAGUGCCCCAUGAGGCUCUUCAAAAGGUAAUUAACCUCAAAUUUUUGGAUCUAAAUAAGAAUCCUAUUAAUAGAAUACGAAGAGGAGAUUUCAGCAACAUGUUACAUCUAAAAGAGUUGGGGAUAAAUAAUAUGCCUGAGUUGAUUUCUAUAGAUAGUCUUGCUAUUGACAAUUUGCCCGAUCUAAGAAAAAUAGAAGCUACUAACAAUCCUAGAUUAUCAUACAUACAUCCAAAUGCAUUCUACAGACUUCCCAAACUUGAAUCACUCAUGCUCAACAGUAAUGCCCUCAGUGCCCUGUACCAUGGAACCAUUGAGUCCCUGCCUAACCUCAAAGAAAUCAGCAUACACAGCAAUCCCAUCAGAUGCGACUGUGUUAUCCGCUGGAUCAAUAUGAAUAAAACCAACAUUCGACUGAUGGAGCCUGAUUCACUGCUUUGUGUGGACCCUCCCGAAUUUCAGGGUCAGAAUGUUCGGCAAGUACAUUUCAGGGAAAUGAUGGAAAUUUGUCUCCCUCUGAUUGCCCCUGAAAGUUUUCCUUCUAAUAUGGAUUUAGAAGCUGGGAGCUAUGUCUCAUUACACUGUAGAGCUACAGCAGAGCCAGAGCCUGAAAUCUACUGGAUUACACCAUCAGGCCACAAGCUCUUGCCUAAUACUCUUUCUGACAAGUUUUAUGUCCAUUCUGAAGGUACAUUAGACAUAAGUGACAUAACUCCAAAGGAAGGUGGUUUAUACACUUGCAUAGCAACUAACCUGGUUGGUGCUGACUUAAAAUCAAUUAUGAUCAAAGUUGACGGUUCUUUUCCCCAGGAUAAUAAUGGAUCUUUGAAUAUUAAGAUAAAAGAUGUUCAGUCUAAUUCAGUUCUGGUAUCUUGGAAAGCAAAUUCUAAAAUUCUUAAAUCCAGUGUUAAAUGGACUGCUUUUGUUAAAACUGAAAAUUCUCAUGCUGCCCAAAGUGCUCGAAUACCGUCUGAUGUCAAGGUAUAUAAUCUCACACAUCUGAAUCCAUCAACUGAAUACAAAAUUUGUAUUGAUAUCCCUACUAUCUACCAACAAAAUAAAAAACAAUGUAUUAAUGUCACCACAAAAGGAUUGGAUCUUGACCUGAAUGGUUAUGAAAAGAAUAACAUAACAGCAUUCAUUGCCUGCCUAGGAGGUCUUCUGGGAGUAAUCAGUGUGAUAUGUCUUUUCAGCUGCAUCUCUCAGGAGAUGAACUGUGAUGCUGGACACAGCUAUGUACAGAAUUACCUACAGAGGCCAACGUUUGCAUUCAGUGAGCUUUAUCCUCCUCUAUUCAGCCUUUGGGAUGCAAGAAAAGAGAAAAGCACAGCACUUGAAGUAAAAGCAACUGUUAUAGGUGUGCCAACAAAUAUGUCUUAAAAAUGGCAGUUAAAAAAAAAACUUUCUGUGAAGAAAAGCACAAGACUAUAGUUGUGCUAAAUAAAAGGGACAGAAGUAUUAUGCUUUAGAAAGAAGUCUAGACUUCAUCAGUGCUGCUGCUGACAAUGGAAACAUGUAUGAGUUCAGCAUUUUUAAAAAAGUAUUUUAAUUAACUGGCUUCAAAGGGUACUGUGGCAACCAAAUAAAACAACUUCAUUUUCUAGACCUUUCAUUUGACUUUUCUGUCUGGAAUACAGCUCAAGUGAACAAGAACAUUUUCUGUAUUUUUUUUAAGUAUGUAAGAGUAGUUGAACUGAGCAAUACCUUCUCCUGUGUUGCAUUACACAUAUUAGCCACGAGUUUUUGCAGUGACCAGAUAAACUUGAAUUGGCACGUGGUAUAGCAAAAUGGACAAAUUAUGUAGAGUAGACACAGUGAGUAUGUGAAACUUUUUUAUGAGGAAAAAUACAUUUUGGAUUAAAAUCAAUUGCUUUUGUCUUGUUUUGUUUCUAAAUAAAAACAAUUUCUGAGAGAUACUAUCUGACAAAAAUAAUCAUUUUAACGGCGGAUUAAAAAAAACACCAUUCUGUUAUAAUGGAGUUCUGAAUUCUAAGGGGAAAACUUUUCAUGGGCUAUUUAAUUACAUCUCAUGCAAAAAAAUAUAUUUUGUACUUCCAUGACAUUAAAAAAUAGCAGCAUAGUGUUUUAUAUUUUGAAUAUAGACAAAAAUAUUCAUAAGGGAGUUACAUAUUUAGAGUACUGUCGCAGAAUUAUUUCUUUUUCCUUUCCCCUCACAGCAGCUUGAAGACUAGAUUUAAUUACUAGCCUCAGACAGUGUAAAUUCAAGACCUGAGUUAAAGAAAAUAUUUACUCUUUAGUUGCAUCUCAAUUCAAGGGUUUUGCUCUAUAGAAAAUUCUGCCAAAUUUUAACAAGGUAUUUUCAAAAGAUAUUUUUUCUCAAAGAUAUAUCCCCUUUGUGAUUGUGAUGCUAAACGCAUAGUAUGGUUAUAUCUCAUAAGAAUGCACAAUUAGUUUAGUUAUUUGAUAUGUUUUCAAAUAUAACAUGGAGAAAGACUUCCCUAUUCUGUGGUGUUAAUAAAGUAAGAUUAUACUUUAAAACAUAGCUUAUAGGUAGUAGACAUUUCUUAUUCCAAAAUCCUUGCUUUUAAAUAUAAACAUUCCUGAAAGAAGUGCAAAUUGAAUAAAACUAUUCCUAUGUCCAAAGUUUAAAUAAUUUGCACAAAAAUUUAAGCAAUGCCAAAAGGCUAAUUAAUAUUCAAAUAGUUAAUAAUGCUACCUAAGUAUUUUUGUGAUUAGAAUAAUAUGGAAACAGUAUGAUGGGGGUAAUUUUGACAGUUGUUAAAUAAAAUUUUAAAAUCUGGGUAAUUGUUGAUCAUAUCACAUAGAACAUUCAUAAUUUAGGUUCAAGAAAAAAUUAACUUCUUUUAGGCUUUCUUAUUUGUCAAAAAUAUGUACAUCUUCUCCAUAUCCCUAACACAGGCU